UCUCUGGGCGUAUUCGAUGUCCCGUUCUCCCAGGUGUCUUCUGAUCAUCUUCGUUAGAUGUGUCUGUGACUCCACUGGAGUCAACCUCUGCCCGUUAGUUGGGUUGCGUUAUACGCCCAUGCAAUGUCCGAUGUUGACUGGGCAUAAUCCUCGACUUCGCAAGGACGUACUCUUUCUCGUUCUGCUCGGUAGUAGAACAAGGCCGUAUUUCCACCAGACGACAGCUCUGCGACCUUCUUGGGGCGCGUAAAGAACGCACAUGCCGCAAGAUGGUCUCGUCGACAAUCGAAACGGUCGGAACCGUGGAACUAAUCCAUACAUGAUACGCUAAUCAGUACUUAUGGAGGAAAGGAUAUGUUGACAGGGAAUUUAACGAUACAGCCUAGACGGCGAUCAAGAAAGAGCGUGGGCGACCCAAGACUGCUGAGUGCCAUAGUAGAACGCGGCCUGAUUCCGCCAGAUGACAGACUCUAGAUCUCAACGACCUUCUCGAGGUACGCGCAUCAUCGAUUAACAUAAUCAGAGACACCCUUACCUCAAGAAGGUCUCAUUAACAAUCAAAAUAUCAAUGUUUCGUGCCACCGUAUAAUCCAGACGGGACACUGUAUAGUGAUCAGAACGGAGUAAAGGAAAUAUUAAUAGACAAACAGCUUACAAAACAAUGCAGACAAGACGGCG